CAGUGAAUUUCAAGUUUAGAAAUUUUUCAAGAUGCAAGAGGAUUUGUCGUUCUCAUACUCAAAACGAUAUUCUGAAGGCGGCAAAGUUGCUAGAAUUAUAGACAACAUUGAAUUCCGACUGAAGGAUGACCUUUCUGAGCCUAAAAGAAGAAGAUUGGACGAAAGAGGUGUAAAACCUGUGGAAGAAGUGACUUUUGCAGAGUUAAAAUCAUAUAAUAGGGACCAGCUUCGAGCCUACUGUUACAUUUACGGAAUACCUCGCAAGAAGAAGGCGGAAAUGGAGUUGGACAUGGCGCGUUAUGCGUCAGCUUUUCAUCCCGGAGACCCUAGUUACGACCUUGCAACGUUUGAAAAUGUUGAAAGCACACUGUUACCCAAAAAUUCGUCGCCUACUAAUAAUUUACAUAGUACACCUUUUAGUCGUUCGUCCAUCUAUUACCAACCCAGUUCUACGGACUUGGACGGUGCUUCAGUUUCGCAGCCACUUAGACCUGCAAAUAUACGAAACGCUAAUCUUGGUUAUCCACAGAGUCACUAUAACAACAACUUUAACGUAGGUCGUGGUGAAAGAAUAGGAGUGGAUAGCACCGCAAUGAAUUUCAGAAAAGCUACGCCGUUUCGUCGAGUUGCUCCUAGUUCACGAAGCAUUGUUAAGCAACGAAUUGAAAAGAAUAGUACCAAAAAUCAGAGAGAACAUGCCAGACAAACGGCUGCAAAGUACAGGAUGGCUUUAGAUGGAUUGGGUCCUUUGAAAGUGCCUGUUGUUGCCAAUGCAGGCUCUUAUUUCCGUUCCUUUGAUGAAGUGUCUGAGAAGAAAAUACGAGACGAAGCAUUCGAGCGUUAUGAGGUAAUCAUAUUUACAAUUAUAAAAAAUUUGUUGCGCUAAGUCUUUUUGUUAUAUUCUAGAGAAAUAACAAGUUGUUGUUGGAGCUUUUUGAGAGGCCAAUUCAUGAGCCAAAUAUCCAUGUAAAGAACGACAAAAGUCCUCAAAUUGAACAGUUAAAGGAGCUGAUAAUGACAAAGGAUCCUCACUUUUCA